CAGAGUCGGUCUACGCCUCCAUUAGUCAUCUCUUUUCCUUUCCCUUUCCCUUUCCCUUUGCCUCCAACACCUCUCCCCUCUCGUCUCCUCCGCUCUCUGCUUGAUAAUUCAAUCCAAAUCUCUUUCCUAUCUUCAUUGAAUUCUCAAUCCCAUCGGAUCAAACCCGAUUGUUUCGUUGAUUCUGGGCGUUGAUUGAUUUCUUCAUUCUUUCGUUAAUUCAUUGAAUUAAUUCUUUUGGGGGUCCAAUCAUAUUCAUUUUCUUCCAGUAAUUGCUCGGGUUCUCAUCCAGGACUUCAGAUUGAUUUUUCAUUUUCAUUUUUUGGUAAUCAAAUGUCACCAAGAAAUUCGCAGACGAACUUUAAGCUGUGCAAGCAUCUGUUGGAUUACAAGCUUCAGCAUAGUACAAAUGGAUACAAAUCGAUCCAAGCUUUGUUGAAGUGCAGCCCAAGUGGCAGGGCAAUGAUAGAACUAAAAAACCCUAAAUCGAGUUCCUGUUCAGCAAGCCGCCAUGGCCGAUUCUUGAUGUGCUUGAUCUGCUCCUCCGUCAGUUGCUGCUGCACUUUGCCGGAUCUACCAAAUCACACCCUCCUCCAUAGCCGAUCCUUUCCCGGUCACGAUAUUGCUGUGGACAUUGCGAGGGCUGAGCUUUACUGCUGUGCGUGCAGUGAUCAGGUUUAUGACCCUGAGUUCGAUAAGCUUGUGGUGUCCAAACAAAUGGCGAUGAUGGGGUUUUCAAGAAAGGGGCAGAAUGAGACUGUUUUGGGGAAGAGGAAGAAGAGAUUCGAUUUCGGAGUGGAUUUGGAUUCGAGGAGGAAACAGAUGUCGAAAUCGUCUCUGCCUUUGGGAUUGAGGGGAUUGAACAAUCUUGGGAGCACUUGUUUUAUGAACUCUGUGUUGCAGGCAUUGGUCCAUGCUCCUCCUCUGAGGAACUACUUUCUUGGCGGCGGCCAUAGCCAGGAGAUCUGCAGGAAAGCUACUUCUGUAGGUGGUGGUAAUGGAUUGUGCCUGCCUUGUGACAUGGAUACUGUCUUUGAGGCUGUUUUCUCUGGCGAACGGGCGCCGUAUAGUCCCGCCAAGUUUCUUUAUAGCUGGUGGCAGCAUUCGGAAAAUCUUGCUAGUUAUGAGCAGCAAGAUGCUCAUGAGUUUUUUAUUUCGAUCGUUGAUAGGAUCCAUGAGAAAUUGGGGAAAGAAAAAGGCCUCGCAACUAAAGAAAACGGGGAUUGCCAAUGCAUUGCACAUCAGGUUUUUUCGGGGCUAUUGAGAUCCGACGUGACGUGCAUGUCUUGCGGGUUCACGUCCUCGACUUAUGACCCGUGCGUCGACAUAUCACUCGACUUGAAUACGAGCAUCCCAUUUGCGGCCGAUCUACCCAAGGCGAGCAAGACGAGCGACGCCGUGGCAACAUCGUCUCUCGCUGGCUGUCUCGACCACUUCACCCGACCCGAGAAGUUGGGAUCGGACCAGAAGCUUUUCUGCGAGAAUUGCCACGGAAAACACGACGCGCUGAAAGAAAUGUCUGUGAAGAAUCUCCCGCUCGUGUUGUGUUUCCACAUAAAGAGAUUCGAGCACUCUCCUACCCGGAGGAUGUCGAGGAAAAUCGACCGACAUUUGCAGUUCCCGUUCUCGCUGGACAUGCAGCCGUACCUUUCGCCAUCGGUCGUUAAGAAACGAUUCGGGAACAGAAUGUUUCCAUUCGAGGGCGAGGAAGUCGACGGCGGGUCGACGGAGUUCGAGGUUUUUGCGGUGGUGACCCACUCGGGAAUGCUGGAGUCGGGGCAUUACGUGACGUACCUGCGGCUGAGGAACCGGUGGUUCAAGUGCGACGACGCGUGGAUCGCUGAGGUGGAUGACGAGGUGGUUCGCUCGUCGCAGUGCUACUUGAUGUUUUACGUGCAGAAAGCGUUUUGUCAGAAAGGGAGCGACGAUCUCGGGUGCCAGUCGCCGUUGCCCCUGGCCGACCCGUUUGUCCCGAUCGCCGGCUGUUGCUAAGCAGCGGGUUGCUCGGUGGCUGCUGUUCGUGCGGACAUUGGGUCUGUGUGGUGAUGGUCGUGUGCGUACGUAUCGCAUAAUGUACAGAUUGUCGAUGCUUAAUUCAUACGACCGGAGACAGUUCCAGGUUCGAUGCUUUUCGACUUUUUAUUCGACCGUUGAAGCAUAUGUUCCCUGUUCACUUUUCGAUCAAGUUGUGGAAAAUGGCGAAAAUUGCAUGGAAUAUAAUAGUAAGUUCAUCACUAGGGCUGCGAAUGGGGCGGGUUCGGAUGGGUUCUACAGACUCGGAGACCUGCCGCGCUAGAAAAUAUUAGGCUCCAGAACCCACCCUGACCCGAACCCUUUGGGUUUGGGCCAACCUCCAAACAUUUUUUUUUU